CUCGGGUAUCAGAGGACCGUCACUAUUCACAGCGACACCCGGCGGAUUUAAACAAAGAAGCACGAGGAGCGUCAGCUUCAGUGCUGUGUGGACUGAGCUAUGAAGCGCUUGUAUUAUAGUAUGAGUGAGAAAUAUUAGAGCAUUAAAGUAACGAUGUGUUCAGUUGAGUAUCUGAGAGAGUUGAUCAGGGACAGACUAACUGCUGCUGCUGGAGAAAUAUUCACAGAGUUUGAAAAAACUAUCGUCCAGUACCAGGAGGAGAUCGAUCGUCAGCGCACACUGCUGGAUGUCAUCUGGAAACCACACAUCCCCUUACAAUCCAUAGAGCUCCCACAGUCUUAUGUCUGUGAGAAUGAGAAGACUCUCAUUGACCAUCAGCACCAUGACCAGGAGAGAAACUCCAUGGUGCACCAUGAUGACCCAGAGCCUCCACAGAUUAAAGACCAGCAGGAGGAACUCUGCACCAGUCUGGAGCAAUCAAACCCAGAGAUUUCUCAAAUUAAAAUGGAACAGGAAGAAUUCUGCACCAUUCAGAAAAAAACAAACCCAGAGCAUCCUCAAAUUAAAAAGGAACAUGAGAAACUCUGCUACAGUCAGGAGGAAGAGCAACUAGGAUUGAAACAGGAGACUGAUACCUUUGUAGUGACGCCUGCUUGUGAGGAAAGUGACCACAGUGAACCAAAACCAAACAAUGAUCAGCUCCUGUUUCACAUCUCUUGUGCAGCAGGGAGCCCAGAUCAGGAAGGAAGCAAGGAUGUAGACUCAGGAUCAACUAGAUAUAUCAAGCUGAAGUCAAGACAUCACAGUACCAGCAGUCAAAGUAAUGAUGUAGACAAUGCUCCAACGUCAGAGAGACAGCAUGAUAAUGACAAGGCAAAAAAAUCUCUAACAUGCGAUGUCUGUGGAAAAGCUUUUGGGCAGAAGUCAGUUUUAAGAAAACAUCACAGAACCCACACAGGUGAGAAGCCGUAUUCUUGUGAAAUCUGUGGAAAAAGAUUUUCUGACAGAUCAUCACUUAAAAGGCACAUGACGGUUCACGAAGAGGAAAAGCCAUAUUCUUGUGGAACAUGUGGAAAAAGCUUCAAUCGACAGACCCAUUUGAAAAUUCACAUGAGAAGUCACACAGGUGAGAAGCCGUAUGUUUGUAGCACCUGUGGAAAAAGAUUUUCUGACAGAUCAUCACUUAAAAGGCACAUGACGGUUCACGAAGAGGAAAAGCCAUGUUCUUGUGGAACAUGUGGAAAAAACUUCAGUCGACAGACCCGUUUGAAAGUCCACAUGAGACGUCACACAAGCGAGAAGCCGUAUGUUUGUAGCACCUGUGGAAAAAGAUUUUCUGAAAGGUCAUCACAUAAUAGGCACACGGUAAUUCACAAAGAGGAAAAGCCCUAUUCUUGUGGAAUAUGUGGAAAAUGUUUCUGUCGUCAGGACAACUUGGUGACUCACAUGAGAAUCCACACAGGUGAGAAGCCGUACUCUUGUAAAACCUGCGGAAAAAGUUUCAGUCAAAGUCGUCGAUUGAAAGCCCACAUGAGAAUCCACACGUGAGAAGUCGUGAUCCUGAAACAUCUGUGGAAAACAUAACGUGGGAACUUAGUUUGAAACAACAUGUAAGAAUUGGUACAGGUUUAAAGUAGAUCCCUGAAAUUUAAAGCACCUUUCAACAACAAUUGUCAGAAAGUGUGUAAGCAAUCCUUGAUGAUUAGACCAGAUGGAGUCUGGACUGUGGUGGUGGUGGAGCAGUCAGAAGAACCUAACUGAAUAUCUGGAUGGAUAUGGUGUUAGUACAGACUACUAUAUUUCUGAAAUCAUGACAUCUUUCAUCAGCAGAGCAGUGAUUUGAGAUAUUGUGAAGAUGUUUGGAACAUUUUCACAUCGUGCUGAGAGAACAUGGCUGUUCAGGUGUGAACAUACUGCUGGAAUCUACACAGCUUGAGUUCUGCUGUCUUUCAGGUAAAAGGAGGCAACAAGAUACUGAGACAUUGUGACAGUAGAACACAACAGUGUGUCACUGCAGCAGAGAUGUGCACGUGAAAUAAAAUUGUAAUAAAACAUGCAGCUCCAUGACUGCUUCAUGAAAUAUUUUGAAUGUAUUUAAACAGAUGAACAUUUACACGUUGUUUAAUAAUGAGUGUAACAUUGAAGAGCCCCAGCAAGAAUAUCUCUGAAUCAGAUAUCAAAGACAUGACCAACAUUAUUAUGGGUUGAGGUGACACACAAGUGCUUUUACUAGUAGUAGCUGAUACACCCCUGUAAAUGUUAACACCAGAAAUGUUAAAAAAAAAAAAAAAAAAACAGGCACAGCUGUGUUGCAGUUUCUGCUGUUUUGAUAAAGAUCUUGUGCUGUUUAUUUCUUCUUUUGUCACCACAUCUGUUUGUUAGUAGAAUCUCAUUGUGUCGUCAUACAGCACAUUUAAAACAACAGCAAAUGAGUCAAAGUAUUUUCCAGUAGAGAAAUAUGUAAAGAAUUUACUGAACAAUUUUAAAUGAGUCCACAGUAUUAUUAAUUAUAUAAAAGUUCCUGAUUAAUUCACAUAUUAAGUUAAAACCCCUAUAAUAUGUUGUAUAUAAAAGAAGCUGAAAUGACUAACUUAAUGGUUCAGGCUAAUCUACAGUAUGAUACAGUAUAAACAGUACUAACAAAGUGGUGUGAUCACAUUAAAUACAUAAAUGGAACAAGCUGUAAAAUCAUUCUAGAGUUGGAAAACCAAUUGUAAUUCGUAAAUUCACCCGUUUAGCAGAAAGAAAGUGAUACGUGCGUAGCCUUUAGGAGGGAGAGGGAGGCUGCUGCAGGAUGUGGAGCUGAGAUGAUCUGCUGGAUGAGUUGUUCAGGAACGCAGAGACAAGGAGGAACUUGGACAGGUUUGUGUUGCAAAAGUGUGUCGAAGUAAAAACACUAAGAGUCAAAGGAUGUGGAAUAAGCUGCAGAUGAUAAUACAAAAAUAGAUAAAUGAACAGUGUGAGAUAUAUGCACUUACUGGUCUGUAUCGAUCUAGUUUUGUCUUUGUAGCCUUGGUGUUGUUCAGAAUCAUUUUUUUAUAUUUUCUGGUUUAUUUUAGAUGAACGCCAACAACUGUGAUGAGAGACAGAUGGA